AUGGCAGAAGAUGACAUAUAUACACAAGACGGGACCAUUACCAUCUCCAAAAAACCUGCCAACAAGAAAAAGACUGGAAACUGGAAAGCUUGCUAUUUUAUUCUUGGAAACGAAUGUUGUGAGAGAUUGGCAUACUAUGGUAUGAGUACAAACCUGGUGAACUAUCUUCAGGAACGUUUCAACCAGGGAAAUGUAACUGCUGCAAAUAAUGUCACAACCUGGUCAGGCACGUGCUACAUCACACCAUUGAUUGGAGCGUUUCUAGCUGAUUCAUACUUAGGAAGAUAUUGGACAAUUGCCAGUUUCUCAGUACUCUAUGCCGUUGUAAGUUCAGAAAAUAUUAUUUGUUUUGAGUCCCAAGUUAAGGCAUUUAGUUUUCACUCUUCUGAGUUCUGUUUCUUGAAUUCUAAUCAUGCUGCUUUCAAGUUUCAACCCAACUGA